AUGUCAGAGGGCUCUCAGGUUACCACUGCUAAGACUGGUGUGUCUUUGUGCAGUGCUGGGAUACUGCUCUUUGCUGAUCUGAGUGACUGUGAAGCGGUGGGAAGUAAAUGCCACACCCAUGCCGAGUGCCUCAAGGCUAAAGGCAACAACUUUGUAUGUGUGUGUCGGUUUGGCUACCAUGGAGAUGGACUACUGUGUGUGGACAUUGACGAGUGUGUUACCGGCCUCCACGGAUGCCACCCAAAGGCUCGUUGCUACAACACACUGGGCAGCUACAGCUGUGUGUGUCUGGAUGGCUACUUCGGCGACGGAGUCCAUUGUGACGAUGUCAACGAAUGCCAGACAAGGAACGGUGGCUGCCACGCCAGUGCCCUCUGUACGAAUAGAGAAGGAGGGCGAGACUGCAAGUGCAAGGGAGGCUUCAAUGGCAAUGGGUUUCAGUGCACGGACAUUGACGAAUGCACAAACAGUGGCAUCUGCCACUGGAAUGCCACCUGUAUUAACAACCCUGGCUCCUAUAUGUGCACCUGUAACACAGGCUAUAAGGGCAAUGGGAACUACCUGUGUCUGGAUUUAGAUGAGUGUUCAGAGACUCCCGGUGUAUGCUCGGCCUCCUUAGGCUACAAAGGCUGUAAGAACCUGCCUGGAUCGUACCAAUGCACCUGUAGUAUUGGUUACCAGAGCAAUGGACAAACCUGUGAGGACAUUGAUGAGUGUGCUGGUAACAUCUGUAGUUUCUAUGCUGACUGUGUCAACACGCUGGGCUCGUACCGCUGCUCCUGCUUCGAUGGAUUCAAUGGGAAUGGGCUGGCAUGUAGGGACAUCAAUGAGUGUAAUGGGGAGAAUACAUGUGACCCCAACGCUGCCUGUAUCAAUGUGCUAGGCAGCUAUGACUGCUCCUGCCGCACCGGAUAUCUAGGGGAUGGCAGGAAGUGCACCGACAUCGACGAGUGCGCCACCCUUAAUAUCUGCCCUGCUUCGGCCGCGUGCGUCAACACCAGGGGGUCGUUCUACUGCGACUGCGGCACGGGCUACAUCUUUAACAACUCCAAGUGCAUGGACCUGGAUGAGUGUACCAUCGGGCGCUGUAGCCCCUUCUCCACCUGUGCCAACCUCCCGGGCUCCUUCACCUGUGAGUGCAGGGCAGGGUACAGGGGCAACGGCAUCACCUGCGAGGACUUGGACGAGUGCUCCUUGGCACAGCAGUGCCACUCCAAUGCCCUCUGCACCAACCUUGCGGGCACGUUCAACUGCAGAUGCCAGGUAGGCUACUCCGGGGAUGGGGCGAUCCAGUGUGCGGACGUGAACGAGUGUCUGGUGGACAACGGAGGCUGCCGGAAUAAAGCCACCUGCGUCAAUAGUAAAGGUUCCUUCUCCUGUCUGUGUCCUCCUGGGUUCAACCUGGUCAACCGCACCAUAUGCCAGGAUAUAGACGAGUGCCAGGCCAUGGAGAAGCCAUGCUACCUCAAUGAACGCUGCUCAAACACUGAGGGGGCGUAUGAGUGCCCCUGCCGGGUGGGCUUUGCCCGCCCCACAGAGACCAAGGCCUGUACGGAUAUCGACGAGUGCAAAGUGAACAACCCCUGCCACGUCAACGCCACAUGUUUGAACACAGUGGGCUCCCAUACCUGUACCUGUAAGCACGGAUUCAUAGGCAACGGCUCCAGGUGUGAGGAUGUGAACGAGUGUGCUGAAGAAGGCACAUGCCACUCACGGGCACUGUGUGCCAACAUACCCGGGGAUUUCUCCUGCUCCUGCCAGCAGGGCUUCUUUGGGGAUGGCUUCCGGUGCCAGGAUGUGGAUGAGUGUGCCCUUUCCAACGUCGCCACCUGUCCCCCCAUCUCAAAGUGUGUCAACUCCCCGGGAGCCUACGUCUGCUCGUGUAUGAACGGCACAGUGGCCUAUAAUGACACCUGUGUGGCCCCCAGUCCCCGGUGUGCCCCUGCCUGCCACCGUCAUGGGCUCUGCCACCCCUCGCCCGCUGGCUUCCAGUGUGUGUGUGACCUAGGCUUUGAGGGGGAUGGACUCGCCUGUUCGGAUAUAGAUGAGUGUCAGAAGAAUGUGUGCCCUCGGAAUGAGACUGUGUGUGUGAAUAUCCCUGGCUCUUUUUCCUGUCUCUGCAAAGUGGGCUACAGACAGAACGGGACAAACUGCGUUGAUGUGGAUGAGUGUGUGUCUGGAGACAAGGAGUGCAGUGAGUUUGCCCAGUGUGUGAACACAGUAGGGAGUCACCUCUGUUUCUGUCUCAGUGGCUUCACUGGCGACGGGAAGAACUGUUCUGAGAGUGAUUUGUACCCGUUUGGUGACGAGGUGGGAGAUAUAGGAGUGUGGUUGGACACAAAAGAUGGGAACUCUCCUUACAUCACACCACCUAUGGGUUUCCCCUUCGUAGGCAAGCUGUAUGAUCGGGUCUAUUUCUCAGAUAAUGGACUCAUUCAGUUCCAGUCUAUCAGUCAGAACGAGCAGUUCCUGCUUCCUGUCCCUUUCCCUACGGGUUUCCGUGGCAACGAGGGCCUGGCAAUGCUGGCCGUGUUCUGGGACGAUGCUGACCUCACCCUCGGGGAGGGGAAGCUGUUCUAUCAGGAAUACCACAAGCUGAAUAUGUCAGAUAGAUAUUCCCAAAUUGUCUUCAGCCGUACAGCGGACGAUGUGACGCGGUUUGAGGAACGGAACGACAAACCUGCGUUCACCCCAGCCUGGAUUCUAAAGAUCACUUGGGAUCAUGUGAUGGCUGUCUCCUAUCAGAAAAUCAACCACUCUGAGACUAACACCUUCCAGUGCAUCCUGACUACGGACGGGGAGCGCUCCUUUGCCCUGCUACGCUUCGGGGAGAUGUACUGGGGUCCUGGCCAGAGGAUCCACCAUGACGCCCUCACAGGCUACACCGACGGUGGAGCCCACUUUUUCAACGAGACCACGAGUUCAACAAAUCUGUUUGGCCCAGGGGGGCGGUAUAGGCCUCAGGAGGUGAGGGGGAACACAGGUAAACUGGGUCAGCUGGUGUAUGACCUGACAGGGCCCACAGAGCGCGAACAGGACCCGAAGAUGAGGUGCCAGGUGUGGGCCCUAAAGGAGCCUGAGCCGAAGGAGUGGGCCAAGGGGGUGUCAUCGUGCCCCUGUACCCGCGCCCAAGCACUGGAGGACCUGGCCUUCGGGCCUGAGACCCUGCCCCCCAACCAGCAGGAUCGGGUACGGCUGAGGGAGCUACGGGGGCUGCGCUGGGGGGGCAGUGGGGGUCACGUAUUCCAGUCCAUCCUGUCCAAUCGGCACGGCUCAGGGAAGAGAUGUGUGUAUGACCCACAAGGUCCCCUGUUGGCUGGAUACAGUGAGCGCUACUUCUCUGGAGCCACUGCACAGAAACACAUAGAUGAGGAUCUCCUUCCAUUCCAGUGGUGUUGUAUCCAGUCUCCUCUGUGCCACCUCUAUCUGGCCAAGAGACCCCUGGACCGUUGCCAAGGUUACGGCUGGGUGAGCCCCGACUGCUGCAUAACCGCGGCCAAGGCAACACAGGGCAUUGGCAUGGUGUACGGCAGCCUUCAUUUCAUCACCUUCGAUGGGACUGAGUACUCCUUCAAGGCCCUCGGCGAGUUUGUCAUUGUGCGCCUCUCCUCCUACACGGGCUCCAAUAUCUUCACGCUGCAGGGUGAGACGUGCGAGCUGGAGACGGACGGACAGGCUAGACGGGUCCCCACGGUGGUGAGGAUGGCUGCUUUUCACCAGGGCAUCGGCAAGGUUGAGUGGCGGUGUGCAAAGUCAGGAGAGGGACUGGAGGUCCUGGUGGAUAAUGUGAAGGUCCCAGUUUUUGUCGGUGUGGUGCACAUGGGCAAGGAGGGUUUUGCGGUGCGCUGUACCUCGGCCAGUAGCUGUGCGGCAGUGUACGCCGGGGGGCUCCACGUGGUGGUGUGGAGGGUGGGUGGAGGUGGUGGUGCACAGCAGUUGGCCGUCCUGGUGGAGGUCCCCCAGACCUUCUACAGCCGCACCGUGGGCCUGCUGGGCCUCUGGAGCUCCAACCGCACCGAUGACUUCCUGCAGUCUGACGGGAAGCUGAUGAUCUCUCCCAAGAAUAACCCUCCCCCGGAGGAGAGCUUGCGCCAAUUUGGCCUGUCCUGGGCUGUGCCUGUUCCAGAGAGCCUGCUCUUCUCCAUCCCACCCCCUGGUCGGUUUACUCCAGCCUCGACAGAGGAGCUGAUGUCAGUGAGUCCAGCUGUACAAGACAGACUGAGGAGGACAUGUCAGGGCAGUUUGCAGUGUGUUCAUGACAUCCUGGCUUCUAAUGACACUGGACUGGGUUUGCAGAGUCUGGAGUCCCAGGAGCUGUACCACAAGCUGGCUAUGGUGUUUGGGAACAUGCCUCCCAUCGUGACUGAGCCCACGGUGAUCCGUUGUAAGGUCAAAUCCACUGUUCGCGUGCAGAUCAGCACUCAAGACACCAACCUAGACCCUAUAAGCUUCUCACUGCUCUUCCCCAGACCACCACAAGCAUCUGUUGGGAAAAGUGAUGGCAUAUUGACCUGGACACCACUCAACAUCCAGCCUGUCUACCUGACCAUCAGAGUUGAUGACCAGCUGUUCAGCUCUCAGUUCACCCCCAUCCUGCAGGUGUGCGACUGCCUCAACGGUGGCACCUGCCAAUACAACAGCAUCGUGGACAACCAUCUGCAGGGGAGAUUUCAGGUGGUAGGGUGUCUGUGCCCUAAGGGUUUCAGUGGGAUAUUCUGUGGGGAUACCACCGACGUGUGUAAAGGGAAGCCUUGCUUCCCAGGAGUGCAGUGCCAGUCUCAAUCCCAGGGUGAGCCAGACCAGUUCACCUGUGGAGAGUGCCCCCCACCCACCAUCUACGAGGACAAGCAGGGAUACAAGUGCUUUGAGAAUGACUUCUGCCUCCCUCCCUUCCCCUUUCCCUGUCACACGAUGGCCGACUGCCUCAGCUCAGGGUACAACUACACCUGCAGGUGCAAGCCUGGCUUUACUGGGGACGGACGCAACUGCACAGACAUAAAUGAGUGCCUGGACCCAUCGGCCUGUCGUAACGCCAAGUUUGAGUGUGUGAACACGCCAGGGUCCGUCCGAUGCUCCUGUCGCUACCAGAGCACUGAGGAAACCGAUGGCUGUGGGGACUCUGCCAAUCCACCAGGGUUCAAUGUCUUCAACGUGUCCUUGGGCUGGAGGAGCCAGGGGUCUGGAGGAGAGGGGCUGAAGCAGCUGGAGGAGAUUCUGUCAAUGGGCUUCCAGAACAAGUUCUACAACGCUGUGAUGAAACGGCCGAUGCAGGGCUCAGGUCUGGAUGAGUACAGGAUCAACGUGUCCAGUGACACACCCCACUGGUACAUCAGAGACUACCUGACCCGAGUCGGUGCUUACUACAGCAUCAGAACCGCUGAAGUCGGAGACUUGGAUGAGUGUAAAUCUAAUGAGGCUGUGUGUCGGCAACCUGCCCUUUGUGCCAACACUUACGGAGGGUACAGGUGUGUGUGCAACGGGACCACCGAUGUCGACGACACCCAAUCCUGCAUUUUAGACAUGGGUGGUUUGAACAGGACGGGGAUAGCCGUGGCCCAGAUGGCGGAGGAUAAGAAGCCUCUGAUCCUAGGCCUGGUUUUAGGCAUCGGGAUCCCUGUCCUCCUCCUCCUGUCUGCCUUAGCCUGCUUCUGCUGUGCCCGCAAGAAGACCAUCACAGGAGAAAUUCCUCAAUUGUUACCAGAAUAUGUUCAGGAGCAGUACAACCCUCCGCCCUUCAACUACUCGGACCCGGCUCUACACUACAACGUCCACGUCAGCCCGCGCGUCAUCGACGACCUUACACCCAGGAAGCAUCGCAGUACAAACUUCACACACGCUUAACAGCGCUAUUAUGAUUGUACAUGUCAAAAUAAAACAAAGUCAAUAUAUUAUUUACACUGUAAUAACCAAUUGCUUAUAGCUGAGGGACUUUCAAAGUCCAUUGUAUUUCAGAAAAGAAGAAGUGGACACAGAAAUUGAUACAGAGAGAAGCUAAGCAUAUUUCGUGCUGUGAUUCUGACAAGCACUCCUAGCAAGUACGUCAAAGUAAAGGCUGGACGGCUCUGGGCGAGGGAACUUAAUAAACCUGUAAUACAUUUGUAUUAAUAUUACAGAGUUAUAUUAAUAUUACACAUAUUUGUACAUGCAAUGGAUUAACACAGAGACGAUUGUAGUCAUUUUAUUUAUCAGACAACAUGUUGUGGGGUCCUCUUCUUAACCUUCAGCCCAUCAGCUGUUUUACUUGAGAGCAUAAUGUCUACAGCUUUGUGUUGGACUUCGCACUGUGGUGGAGGGUACUGUAGGGUUCUGAGUCUUGAUGGCUAUGAAGAUACGGAGAGCGAACGAGAAGCACUUGAAUCAUAUUCAAGGUUUUCUUAACGACCGGUCGGUAAGAGUAGUAUACACCGAGCAUACAAACUUUGUCAUACAUGGGUCUCAAACACUCUUAUAUAAGCUAUGAACGGGCUGUCACCAUUAUCCUGAGUGGAGAGCUCAAAAACAAAACCUCAUAUCGAUCUACAAGACCAGAGAGAGUCAGCGGCUACAGAGAAGUCGCAGUCAGUCGAUGGCUGGGAUGGCGAGGCAUCGGUGAGACGCCUUGUUGACCACAUCCUCCCUCUGCUCAAGCCAUGCGGUUCCCUCUUGACUGUCACUCCAUCUUUUGGUAGCUUGAAAUCUUUAAAAAAAAACGUUCAACUCUGGCUGAAAAUAGUAAUCCAGACCUGAAUCUAUAUAGCUGUUUUAUUUGAUUCUUGUUUGUUUAGCUUUAUCAAGCGCUUUGAGACUCUUUCUGUAAUGAAAAGCGCUAUAGAAGUUAAAUAAAUAAUUAUUGUCAUGUAC